GAGAGCACUUUUGGCGUGUAAAGUUGGAAGUGGAAGAAUUGGUUGGUUUCUCAACGAAUUCGAAUUUAGUUUGUUGCCAACUUUCGUUCCGAUCUAUAGUUAGUGUCGCUAUAAAUUCGUAUUCGUAUUCGAUUUGUAUGAUGGAAUUUGAAUAAUUUUCAAAACGAACGAUUUGAAUUCGGAAUAUAAAAAAUAUUUUUUAUACAUUCGUUUUUAUCAUUAAUAAAUAGAUAACUAGCAUGGGUCAAAUCAAAAGUGAGAAAUUAGAUCCGUUGAUCCGCAUUCAAGAGGAAAUAAAAGAAGUUGUACGUCGCGAAGAGGAACAUCGCCAGCUUAUCUCCGGGAGUUCCCUCAUAUCAACAGACGAAUACGAAAUACACAAUGACAUCGCAAAUAGCAAUAACAGUCAUAAUGACAAUGAUAGUUCCAAUAGCCUUUCAAUUAGUCCCUUACCACAUUCGUCAUUGAAUAGUGGCGAAGAUGCGCUAAAAAUAGAAUGCGUGUCAAAUAUUAAAAACAACAUUGACACUAAGGAAUGUAUGGAUGAAGACUCAGGAAUAUCAGCAUCGCCAAGUCCAAUAAAUGGCGUCUCAGCAUCUCCUCUUUACAUAGAACCGAUAAAGCCUUCAAAAGAACAGCGCUAUAUUGGUCCAAAUUGCUAUAUAAUUACACCAGAACCACCCCGUCAGAUGAUGAUCGCGAGCACGGUUCCGGCUACUCCUCCUGUCCUUAACCGGCAACGUCUCUUUGCUUUUAAUCCAGCAAAUAAAGGGGUGAUGCAGCGUUUCAUAGCUUCACGAGGAAAAUUACAACUAAGCAACAAUAAUAUAUCAGCAAAUCAAAUUGUAUUAAAUACCAAAACAGCAAGUGCUUUGCUUAGCAAAAAUAUAUCCACAUCACCUAUCAUAUCACCAACUGUUGUGUCAAGUGCUUUGCAACCAACACUGAAGCCUGAAGCCUUAACUUCUUCUAUAGCCAUACCAACUGUCACUAUGACCCCACCACAUAUCGAAAGGGAUGCAGAAGGCAGAGUAAUUCGUCGAGGGUAUGUACCAGCUGAGGUUAAGAUUCAGAAAGAAAUAAAGGACUUGCAGGCUCGUGAGCAUGAACUGAAAAAACGUAACAAAUUUCGGCAAUCCACAUCAGAUUUACUUGAGUCAAUUGAAAACGACAUUGUAGAAACAGAUGACGAAGAUUCUGAAGUAGAACAUUGCCUUGGGCCUAGGCAACUCCGUUCGGCAAAGUCUGUCAGUGAAAUUUGUUACUCUACAUCAUUAAAUAAUAGCAUGUCACCCAGAGCAACUCCUAGUCCGGAUUUUGAUGUAAAAAAAAAUGGGUCCUGCACAAUGCGCCCCGCCAUGUCAUUGGCUCAGCUGUGUGAUCUGCCUCCUGAGGAAGCACCAUCUUCGCACCGUCUCAUAGUGGAAUGGGAAAACCGUAUACAAAUGAAUGCUGCACGCAAUAUCGCUCUGGCAACUGAAGACUAAAUUCUAAUAAAUUAGAAAAAACACUAAUGCUGUUUAAUGCGCCGGCAAACAAGCCAAAUGUAAACAUUUUUAACUAUGCCGGUAAUAAUUAUGUACAUACAAGCUUUUGAAUAAACAAAAUUCACAAGUACCAAACGCAGUAACAUAUCUGGAAUUUGUUACAAUAUCAUUGUGGAAAAGUAUUAUAUGUAUGUACAUUGUAUGUAUAUGUAACAAGUAUUUUAUAAUUAAUUUUUAGACAUUAAAAACGAGUAUUCCACGACGCGUAAGUUAAGCUCGAAAUCACUACAUGUUGACGACGGCUAAAUAUUUUUAAACCUUUAUUGUAUUUAUGUAUUUAUCGUUAUUACAAUCGAAACGGAUGUUAUGAAAAAUAACAUGUUAAUGAUCGAAAAAUCAAAAUAUAUUUAUUGCAUUUAAGUGAACAUACAUUUAGAUAUAGGGUAUCAAUCGCUAACUUAUAAAAUUUGAUUUCAAUAAAACUAUGAAUAAUGAAA